AUGUUUCUGCGCGAGCGAUUGACAGCGGCUGCUGUAGAGAUUUUUGGAGUAGUGGAAAAGACGAUAGUGGAGUAUCAAGAAGAAAUCACCCGUUCGAAAGAGGAGAACGAACGUUUACAUAAAAUGUUGGAUAUGGUCAUUAAACCUCAAGUCAAGUUACAUAGAGCAGGUUUGUAACGGCGACUACUUCAAUUUAAUGUUUGACUGGCUUGCACUACUAGCUAUUAUUAAAAAUAUCAUCAACUGAUUUCAGCCGCGGGCCGAUUUUGUCUUGAGCGGAUGGUCAGGGGGCCGGAACAUAAUAAAAAAUAAUUUGUAGACCGCAAAUUGACCGCAAUUAGCCCAAACAGAUAAUACUUGACUAAAACAUAAUAAUUUCAAACUUUGCUUACAUUUGUAUACGGUCACAUAUACACUACAUGACCAUAAGUAUGUGGACACCUGCUCCUCAAACAUCUCAUUCCAAAAUCAUGGGCAUUAAUAUGGAGUUAGUCCCCCCUUUGCUGCUAUAACAGCCUCCAUUCUUCUGGGAAGGCGUUCCACUAGAUGUUGGAACAUUUUAGCGGGGACUUGCUUCCUUUCAGCCACAAGCGCAUUAGUGAGGUUGGGCACUGAUGUUGGGCAAUUAGGCCUGGCUCGCAGUCAGCAUUCCAAUUCAUCCCAAAGGUGUAAAAUGGGGUUGAGGUCAGGGCUCUGUGCAGGCCAGUCAAGUUCAUCCAUACCGAUCUCGACAAACAAUUUCUGUGUAGACCUUGCUUUGUGAAUGGGGGCAUUGUCAUGCUGAAACAGGAAAGGGCCUUCCCCAUACUGUUGCCAUAAAGUUGGAAGCACAGAAUCGUCUAGAAUGCCAUUGUAUGCUGUAGCGUUAAGAUUUCCCUUCACUGGAACUAAGGGGCCUAGCCCAAACCAUGAAAAACAGCCCCAGACCAUUAUUCCUCCUCCACCAAACUUUACAGUUGGCACUAUGCAUUGGGGCAGGUAGCGUUCUCCUGGCAUCCGCCAGAACCAGAUUAGUCUGUCGGACUGCCAGAUGGUGGAGCGCGAUUCAUUACUCCAGAGAACGUGUUUCCACUGCUCCAGAGUCCAGUGGUGGUGAGCUUUUCACCACCGCAGCCGACACUUGGCAUUGCGCAUGGUGAUCUUAGGCUUGUGUGCGGCUGCUCGGCCAAGGAAACCGAUUUCAUGAAGCUCCCGACAAACAGUUAUUUUGCUGACGUUGCUUCCAGAGGCAGUUUGGAACUCGAUAGUGAGUGUUGCAACUGAGGACAGACGAUUUUUACACGCUUCAGCACUCAGCGAUCACAUUCUGUGAGCUUGUGUGGCCUACCACAUCGCGGCUGAGCCGUUGUUGCUCCUAGACGUUUCCACUUCACAAUAACAGCACUUACAGUUGACCAGGGCAGCUCUAGCAGGGCAGAAAUUUGACACACUGACUUGUUGGAAAGGUGGCAUCAUAUGACGGUGCCACGUUGAAAGUCACUGUGCUCUUCACCAAGGCCAUUCUACUGCAAAUGUCUAUGGAGAUUGCAUGGCUGUGUGCUCGAUUUUAUACACCUGUCAGAAACGGGUGGGGCUGAAAUAGCUGAACCCACUCAUUUGGAGGGGUGUCCACAUACUUUUGGCCAUGUAGUGUAUGUAUUAUGUGGGGGAAUACUUUGGAACAUAUUUACAGUCUAAUGUCCAACAAUUUAAAAAAUGUAACUUUUUUGCGCGGAGGGGGAAUAAGAUCACCUGCGGGCCAAAUUCAUCCCACGGGGUGGCAGUUGGGGAACCCUGGCCAAGUCAGAUGUUAUUACUGUACCAGCUGGCUGAUAGGCGUUAUUACAGUGCCUUCAGAAAGUAUUCACACCCCUUGACUUUUUCCACAUUUUGUUGUGUUACAGCGUGAAUUUAAAAUGGAUUAAGUUGAGAUUUUGUGUUACUGGCCUACACACAAUACCCCAUAAUGUCAAAGUGGAAUAAUAUUUGUACACAUUUCUACAAAUUAAAAAUUAAAAGCUGAAAUGUCUUGAGUCAAUAAGUAUUCAACCACUUUGUUAUGGCAAGCCUAAAUAAGUUCACCGGCAAAAAUGUGCUUAACAAGUCACAUAAGUUGCAUGGACUCACUCAUGAUGUUUGACUGACUACCUCAUCUCUGUACCCUACACAUACAAUUAUCUGUAAGGUCCCUCAGUUGAGCAGUGGAUUUCAAACACAGAUUCAACCACAAAGACCAGGGAGGUUUUCCAAUGCCUCGCAAAGAAGCCUGAGUCCGUAGGGAAGUUGCACCUAUGGGACAAGACUGUAACUACCAAUUGGAUAUCACGAAAUUGGGGAGAAAAAGGUGUAAAAAUAAAUAAAAAACAGACAUUGAAUAUCCUUUUGAGCAUGGUGAAGUUAUUCAUUACACUUAGGAUGGUGUACAAACACCCAGUCACUACAAAGAUACAGGUUUCCUUCCUAACUCAGUUGCCGGAGAGGAAGGAAACCGCUCAGGGAUUUCACCAUGAGGACAAUGGUGACUUUAAAAUACACUGAACAAAAAUAUAAACGCAACAUGUGAAGUGUUGGUCCCAUGUUUCAUGAACUGAAAUAAAAGAUCCCAGAAAUCUUCCAUAUGCACAAAAAGCUUAUUUAUCUCUAAUUUUGUGCACACAUUUAUUUACAUCCCUGGUAAUGAGCAUUUCUGCUUUGCCAAGAUAAUCCAUCCACCUGGCAGGUGUGACAUAUCAAGAAGCUGAUUAAACGGCAUAAUCAUUACACAGGUGCACCUUGUGCUGGGGACAAUAAAAGGCCACUCUAAAAUGUGCAGUUUUGUCACACAACACAAUGCCACAGAGGUCUCAAGUUUUGCAGGAAUGACCACCAGAGCUGUUGCCAGAUAAUUUAAUGUUCUGUUCUCUACCAUAAGCCGCCUCUAAUGUUGUUUUACAGAAUUUGUCUGUACGUCCAACUGGCCUCACAACUGCAGACCACGUGUAACCACGCCAGCCCAAAACCUCCACAUUCGUCUGAAACCAGCCACCCGGACAGCUGAUGAAACUGUGGGUUUGAACAACCGAAUAAUUUCUGCACAAACUGUCAGAAACCGUCUCAGGGAAGCUCAUCUGCGUACUCGUCGUCCUCACCAGGGUCUUGACUUGACUGCAGUUCAGCGUCGUAACCGACUUCAGUGGGAAAAUGCUCACCUUCGAUGGCCAAUGGCACGCUGGAGAAGUGUGCUCUUCACGGAUGAGUCCCAGUGUCAACUGUACCGUGUAGAUGGCAGACAGCGUGUAUGGCGUUGUGUGGGCGAGUGGUUUGCUGCUGUCAAUGUUGUAAACAAAGUGCCCCAUGGUGGCGGUGGGGUUAUGGUAUGGGCAGGCAUAAGCUACAGACAACGAACACAAUAGCAUUUUAUCUAUAGCAUUUGGAAUGCACAGAGAUACCGUGACGAUUUCCUGAGGCCCAUUGUCGUGCCAUUCAUCCGCCGCCAUCACCUCGUUUCAACAUGAUAAUGCACGGCCCCAUGUCACAAGGAUCUGUACACAAUUCCAGAAAGCUGAAAAUGGCCCAGUUCUUCCAUGGCCUGCAUACCCACCAGACAUGUCACCCACUGAGUAUGUUUGGGAUGCUCUGGAUCGACGUGUACGACAGCGUGUUCCAGUUCCCGCCAAUAUCCAGCAAAUUCGCACAGCCAUUGAAGAGGAGUGGGACAACAUUCAACAGGCCACAAUCAACAGCCUUAUCAACUCUAUGCAAAGGAGAUGUGUUGCGCUGCAUGAGGAAAAUGGUGGUCACACCAGAUACUGACUGGUUUUCUGAUCCACACCCAUACUUUUUUUAUUUUUAUGUAUCUGUGACCAACAGAUUAAUAUCUCGAUUCCCAGUCAUGUGAAAUCCAUAGAUUAGGGCCUAAUGAAUUUAUUUCAAUUGACUGAUUUACUUAUAUGAACUGUAACUCACUAACUGUAAGUCGCUCUGGAUAAGAGCGUCUGCUAAAUGACUAAAAUGUAAAUGUAACUCAGUAAAAUCUUUGAAAUUGUUGCAUGUUGCGUUUAUAUUUUUGUUCAGUGUAGUUAGAGUUUAAUGGCUGUGAUGGGAGAAAACUGAGGAUGGAUCAACAACAUUGUAGUUACUCCACAAUACUAACCUAAAUGACAGAUAGAAAAGAAGGAAGCCUGUACAGAAUAAAAAAUAUGAUGUUUGGGGCAAAAAAAAAAAUAUAUAUUUAAUCCAUUUUGAAUUCAGGCUGUAACACAACAAAAUGUGGAAUAAGUCAAGGGUAUGAAUACUUUCUGAAGGUACUGUAAGUAGGUAAUGUUAAACUUAGCUAAGAGAAUUCUCGACCAACCUUUACUUGUCGAUACUUUCUCAAUUCCCGACUUGGAAGACACCUGUCUUCUAAAUUUCCAUGUCUAGUCGUUUGAAUUUAGAAAAUGCUCAGUUAUUAAAUACAUUUACAAAAAAUGUACUAACAAUGUGUACGCUGCCAUCUUGUCUAUUUCAAAUCUUCUCUCAUUGAUUGGGUGUCCACCCCAAAGUGCUUUAUGUCAUGAUGACACGCCUCUAUGAGUGACAGGAUUCGAUUAUCUGGCCCGGGUUACCCCGGUUGGAGGAGUUUGCGCCGGGUGAAAAGUGAUUGCAUUCGUUUUGGAACCGGCUACAAGGUGCCCCGUUCAAAGCCCAUGGCAAAGUGAUGUAGCCUAGGGUAGAUUAAGCCUGCGGAAUAAUGAGUAGCAUUCUGUUUUCACAUGCAAAGGUUAUUCCUUUUGAUAAAAAUGCUUUCUCAGCCUUUCCAAUGAAAACUAGUUUGAAAAUUCCAACAUACAGUACUGGUCAAAAGUUUUAUAACACCUACUCAUUCAAGGGUUUUUCUUUAUUUUUACUAUUUUCUACAUUGUAGAAUAAUAGUGAAGACAUCAAAACAAUGAAAUAACCCAUGGAAUCAUGUACUAACCAAAAAAGUGUUAAACAAAUCAAAAUAUAUUUUAUAUUUGAGAUUCUUCAAAUAGCCACCAUUUGCCUUGAUGACAGCUUUGCACACUAUUGGCAUUCUCUCAACCAGCUUCAUGAGGUAGUCACCUGGAAUGCAUUUCAAUUAAUAGGUGUGGCUUCUUAAGUUAAUUUGUGGAAUUUCUUUCCUUCUUAAUGUUUGAGCCAAUCAGUUGUGUUGUGACAAGGUAGGAUGGGUAUACAGAAGAUAUCCCUAUUUGGUAAAAGACCAAGUCCAUAUUAUGGCAAGAACAGCUCAAAUAAGCAAAGAGAAACGACAGUCCAUCAUUACUUUAAGACAUGAAGGUCAGUCAAUCUGGAAAAUGUCAAGAACUUAAAGUUUCUUCAAGUGCAGUCGCAAAAACCAUCAAGCGCUAUGAUGAAACUGGCUCUCAUGAGGACCACCACAGGAAUGGAAGACCCAGAGCAUUCUACAGCGAUACGCCAUCCCAUCUGGUCUGGGCUUAGUGGGACUAUCAUUUGUUUUUCAACAGGACAAUGACCCAACACACCUCCAGGCUGUGUAAGGGCUAUUUGACCAAGAAGGAGAGUGAUGGAGUGCUGCAUCAGAUGACCUGGCCUCCACAAUCCCCUGACCUCAACCAAAUAGAGAUGGUUUGGGAUGAGUCGGACGGCAGAGUGAAGGAAAAGCAGCCAACAAGUGCUCAGCAUAUGUGGGAACUCCUUCAAGACUGUUGGAAAAGCAUUCCAGGUGAAGCUGGUUGAGAGAAUGCCAAGACUGUGCAAAGCUGUCAUCAAGGCAAAGGGUGGCUUUUUGAAGAUAUAUUUUAAUUUGUUUACCACAUUUUUUUGUUUACUACAUGAUUCCAUAUGUGUUAUUUCAUAGUUUUGAUGUCUUCACUAUUAUUCUACAAUGUAAAAGUAAAGAAAAACCCUUGAAUGAGUAGGUGUGUCCAAACUUUUGACUGGUAGUGUAUAUUUUAUGGAAAAGAGAUGUAUGUUCCUGGACGAUGCACCAUAGUGCCUUGUUGAAAACAUGACCGAGCGGCACAGAUUACUGUUCGAUUUGAGAAGGGCGCUCCUCCCUCACCGCUUUUGCCAGUUCACAUCACGGGUCAUAGACCGAUGACAGGGUCCACAUUGUUGGAUUACUUCAUGGAGCAAAUUUGAUUUAAUUUAAUAACGGAGCAUUUUCUAAGUUCAAACGAACCCCCUGCAACUAGACAUGGAGGUUUAGAACACAUGUUGUCUUCCAAGUAGGGAAUUGAGGAAGUAUCACCAAGUAAAGGUUGGUCGAAAAUUCUCUGUGCUACACUUAAUAUGACCUACUUAAAAACACAGAUCAGCCAGCUGGAACAGUAAUUAUGGCGAUAUUUGUAAUCGCUAGCUUGCAGCAAGCCUACAAUGUCUGUCACUUUACUUGUCAGUUGUCCCCAGUUACCGGUCAAUCAACUUGCUAGAACCCAAUAUCAUUGGAAGAUUCGUUUUUCAUAAUUAAGCAUGCAUUGUUCCAUAAAAGGUCCAAUGUAGCCAUUUUUAUCUCAAUAUCAAAUCAUUUCUGGGUAACAGUUAAGUACCUUUCUGUGAUUUUUUUUUCAAUUGAAAUGGUCAAAAAGAAACAAAAGUAGCUUCUUAGCAAAGAGCAAUUUUUCAAACAAGAAUUUAGCUAGGACUGAGUGGGGAGGGGAAAACUAGCUGUUAUUGGCAGAGAGGUUUGGAACUCUUUCUUAUUGGUCUCUUAACUAAUUUACUGCCUGGUGAUGUCACCAGGCAGGCUAAAACUCCCCACCAAAACAGGCAGAAAUUUCUGACAGCCUUUUCAAAUGGCUCUUACACUAAAAGCGCAUUAUCAUCAUUUCACAGUAUUAUUCCAACGUCAUAGUGUAGAAAUAUACACUGAGUAUACCAAACAUUAGGAACACCUUCCUAAUAUUGAGUUGCACAACCCCUCUCCCUCCCUCCCUCCCUCCUCAGAACAGCCUCAAUUCGUCGGGUCAACUACAGGGUGUCGAAAGCGUUCCACAAGGAUGCUGACCCAUGUUGACUCCAAUGCUUCCUACAGUUGUGUCAAAUUGUCUGGAUGUCCUUUGGGGUGGUGGACCAUUCUUGAUACACACGGGAAGCUGUUCAGCGUGAAAAACCCAGCAGCGUUGCAGUUCUUGACACAAACUGGUGCGCCUGGCACCUACUACCAUACCCCGUUCAAAGGCACUUAAAUAUUUUGUCUUGCCCAUUCACCCUCUGAAAGGCACACAUACACAAUCCAUAUGCAGUGAGGGGAAAAAAGUAUUUGAUCCCCUGCUGAUUUUGUACGUUUGCCCACUGACAAAGACAUAAUGGUAGGUUUAUUUGAACAGUGAGAGACAGAAUAACAACAAAAAAUCCAGAAAAACGCAUGUCAAAAAUAUUAUAAAUUGAUUUGCAUUUUAAUGAGGGAAAUAAGUAUUUGACCCCCUCUCAAUCAGAAAGAUUUCUGGCUCCCAGGUGUCUUUUAUACAGGUAACAAGCUGAGAUUAGGAGCACACUCUUAAAGGGAGUGCUCCUAAUCUCAGCUUGUUACCUGUAUAAAAAGACACCUGUCCACAGAAGCAAUCAAUCAAUCAGAUUCCAAACGCUCCACCAUGGCCAAGACCAAAGAGCUCUCCAAGGAUGUCAGGGACAAGAUUGUAGACCUACACAAGGCUGGAAUGGGCUAAAAGACCAUCGCCAAGCAGCUUGGUGAGAAGGUGACAACAGUUGGUGCGAUUAUUCGCAAAUGGAAGAAACACAAAAUAACUGUCAAUCUCCCUCGGCCUGGGGCUCCAUGCAAGAUCUCACCUCGUGGAGUUGCAAUGAUCAUGAGAACGGUGAGGAAUCAGCCCAGAACUACACGGGAGGAUCAUGUCAAUGAUCUCAAGGCAGCUGGGACCAUAGUCACCAAGAAAACAAUUGGUAACACACUAUGCCGUGAAGGACCGAAAUCCUGCAGCGCCCGCAAGGUCCCCCUGCUCAAGAAAGCACUUAUACAGGGCCGUCUGAAGUUUGCCAAUGAACAUCUGAAUGAUUCAGAAGAGAACUGGGUGAAAGUGUUGUGGUCAGAUGAGACCAAAAUCAAGCUCUUUGGCAUCAACUCAACUCGCCGUGUUUGGAGGAGGAGGAAUGCUGCCUAUGACCCCAAGAACACCAUCUCCACCGUCAAACAUGGAGGUGGAAACAUUAUGCUUUGGUGGUGUUUGUCUGCUAAGGGGACAGGACAACUUCACCGCAUCAAAGGGACGAUGGACGGCGCCAUGUACCGUCAAAUCUUGGGUGAGAACCUCCUUCCCUCAGCCAGGGCAUUGAAAAUGGGUCGUUGAUGGGUAUUCCAGCAUGACAAUGACCCAAAACACACGGCCAAGGCAAGAAAGGAGUGGCUCAAGAAGAAGCACAUUAAGGUCCUGGAGUGGCCUAGCCAGUCUCCAGACCUUAAUCCCAUAGAAAAUCUGUGAAGGGAGCUGAAGGUUUGAGUUGCCAAACGUCAGGCUCGAAACCUUAAUGACUUGAGAUGUGUGCAAACCUGGUGGCCAACUACAAGAAACGUCUGACCUCUGUGAUUGCCAACAAGGGUUUUGCCACCAAGUACUAAGUCAUGUUUUGCAGAGGGGUCAAAUACUUAUUUCCCUCAUUAAAAUGCAAAUCAAUCUAUAACAUUUUUGACAUGCGUUUUUCUGGAUUUUUUGUUGUUAUUCUGUCUCUCACUGUUCAAAUAAACCUACCAUUAAAAUUAUAGACUGAUCAUGUCUUUGUCAGUGGGCAAACGUACAAAAUCAGCAGGGGAUCAAAUACUUUUUUCCCCUCACUGUAUGUCUCCUCCCCUUCAUCUACACUAACUGAACUUAAUGACUUAAUGUUUUGUAUACUCAGUGUAUAUACACACACACACACACACAACACAGGAAAAUCACAUUUUGACUGCACUGGGCCUUUAAACAUUGAAAGCAUACACUGAUUGAACAAAAUAUUAGGAACACCUGCUCUUUCAAUGACAUAGACGGACCAGGUGAAUCCAGGUGAAAGCUAUGAUCCCUUAUUGAUGUCACUUGUUAAAUCAACGUCAAACAGUGUAGAUGAAGGGGAGGAGACAGGUUAAAGAAGGAUUUCUAAGCCUUGAGACAAUUGAGACGUAUUGUGUAUGUGCCAUUCAGAGGGUGAAUGGGCAAGACAAAAUAUUUAAGUGCCUUUGAACGGGGUAUUUUAGUAGGUGCCAGGCGCACCGGUUUGUGUCAAGAACUGCAACACUGCUGGGUUUUUCAUGCUCAACAGUUUCCCGUGUGUAUCAAGGAUGGGCCACCACCCAAAGUACAUCCAGCCAACGUGACAACUGUGGGAAGCAUUGGAGUCAACAUGGGCCAGCAUCCCUGUGGAAUGCUUUCAACACCUUGUAGAGUCCAUGACCUGAUGAAUUGAGGCUGUUCUGAGGGCAAAAGGGGGAGUGCAACUCAAUAUUAGGAAGGUGUUCCUAAUGUUUUGUAUACUCGGUGUAUAUAAAAUAAAGGAAAAUCACAUUUUUGACCGCACUGGGCCUUUAAACAUUGAAAACAUAUAUUAAUAUGUCUCUCUAUUGAAUAACAUUUCUUUGCCUGUCCUUCCCUCCAGACCCUAGGCAGCUCCAUGUCUCUGAAGAAGAGGUUCCCCUUGAGCAGGAGUGGAGCAGCCCCAUUCUGCGGCAAGAAAGUUCAGAGCCCACACAAAGUACAGAGGAACAGGACCUCAGGACCAAUCUGGGAGAAGAGCAACUGCAAGGGCCUGAGACUCAUGGUCAUAACAUAGAGUUUGUGUUCACACCUCCUUGUGUGAAAAGUGAUUUUGUUCAGGACCCUUGGCCCUCACACCUUUUCCAAACCCAAAUUGUGGAGGACAAUGAGACGAAUAAUCUAUCGAGCACCCUCGUGGAACACAUUAAAACAGAACCCGAUGGAGGAGAGGGCUAUGGAGUAGUAACGAGUGACCCACAGCUCAUGUUUGCAGUAAACGCACACUGUUCUGCAGCUCCAAGUGAAAACAUGCAUGGGACAGAGAUUGAAGGCCCUCUGCAACGGAAAACAAAGACAGGAAGACCAUUCAGACAUAUAGGAACGCUGUCUGAACUUAAGAAGAGACGCGCU